GCUGGGAGUCGCUCAGUGUUUUUUCUCCUGCUCUAUUGCUCUUCCUUGCAUUUGCUCUCUCUAUUAGUAAGGUGACAGUGGCAGGGGGAACCGAUACUAAUCUUUCUUCCUCGUUCUUAAGCUGCCUUCCUUCUUGGCAUCCACUCGCAGCAGUGAUGUAGUCCUCUCCCUCUUUCAAACUUCAGCACCUGCUCAACUCUUUGGUAACCGACCUCUAUUAAUUCUAUUGGGAUAUUUUUUGUGUCUUGCACCAGGCUGAGUUAUUUUUUUUAUUGCUCCACCUGUUUGAGAGGACCUACGAGGACCUUAUUUGAGUUUAGGAGAAGGCAUUCAAUUUCUCCAUCUGCCCUGGUGUAACUUGGAGACCAUGGCAAUGAAGGAGACCAUUCUGCCUAUCAGCGAGUUGUCUGGCCCAGCCCUGGUGACCUACCCUGAGGUGGUGGAGCUCAACGUAGGUGGCCAGGUGUAUGUCACCAAGCGCUCCACUUUGGUGAGCGUACCCGACACCACCUUGCACACCAUGUUCGGCCGGAGCCCUCUGCGAGAACUGCCAAGGGACAGCCGUGGACGCUUCUUCAUUGACCGCGACGGCUUCCUGUUCCGCUACGUCCUGGACUUCCUGCGUGACCGCCAGCUGGUGUUGCCCGACCACUUCCCGGAGCGUGAACGCCUGCAGCGAGAGGCAGAGCACUUCCAGCUUAGCGAGCUGCUGCGCCUCCUGGGGCCCCGGCCUGGUUCCAAGCUGGGCUCCAUGAAUGACGAGGGCUGCCACAGUGACAUAGAGGAGAGCUCGCAAAGCAGCGAGUACCCCAUAGGUCGUGGCUCAACAACCUCAGACAAAAGGUCAGGGUUCAUCACCAUUGGCUACAGGGGCUCAUACACCACAGUACGGGACAACCAACCCGAUGCCAAGUUCCGACGAGUGGCCAGGAUCAUGGUAUGUGGACGCAUCGCCCUGGCCAAAGAGGUUUUUGGGGAAACGUUGAACGAGAGCCGGGACCCUGACCGGCCUCCUGAGAAGUACACAUCUCGGUUUUACCUCAAGUUCACUUACCUGGAGCAGGCAUUUGACCGGCUUUCCGAAGCAGGUUUUACUAUGGUGGCGUGCAACUCUACCGGAACAGCCGCUUUUGUCAACCAGUACAGGGAUGACAAAAUCUGGAGCAGCUAUACAGAGUACAUCUUCUUCAGGCCUGCAUCGAAGACCAUCUCCCCCAAGCAGGAUUGUGAGGAGCGCAAGCGGGGCAAACUUGGCACCGACAAGGGCAGCGAGAGCGGCACGUCCCUCAACGAGCUCUCCACCUCCAGCUCUGAGACCCACUCCGAGGCCACCUCGCCCCAGGACGGUCCCAACUUGGGCGGGGGCGGCAGCGGGGGAUCGGUAGCCCCCUGUGGAGCCCUCCAGUCUGUAUCCCGUCAGCCCAGCACCCUCACUCUUGGACGGCCCUCCAACAAAGGCUCAUCGGUACAGUGGAUGAAGCUGCCAGAGAAGCGACGCAACAGCGAGCUCUUCCAGUCGCUGAUGGGGCGGGAGGGGGGCCUUAGCAGGAAGAGAAACACGGAGAGACCUAAUGUAGAGGAAGAGAUGAAGCAGUGCAUUCAGGACUUUAACAACAUCAAAAUCCCGCAGGCUUUCCCAGAGCGCAAGAGGCAGUGGCAGUCCGAACUACUCCAAAAGUAUGGUUUAUAGGGGCGAUUUUCCAUUCCCACUUCUGUGCAACAUGCGCUAGUCCGUUUCAUUUGGAUUCCCUCCAUUUGACCUGUUUGAGGUGCUAGGAUUCUUUUCUCAAUGUCUGCAAGUCAACAGUUCUCUUGAAGUAGGGCACCAUCAGAACCUGUGUUUACCUGUGUUUUUUGGAAAAUGUUUUUCCAUUUACAUUUAAAGAUGCAGUCUGGGACUAAUUGUUUUUGGGCUAUGUGGUGUAGCACGCUGUUUAUACAGUAUGGAAAAUCUACAGCUCCGGAAAAAAUUAAGAGACCACUUUUUUUUUCCU